AUGGCUGAGCAUCGGAUUUGGCUUCUAGUGAGCUUAUUCCUUGCUGAGGUUCUCUUCUUAGAGGCUUCAAAAAUACUGACUAUGGGUGCUCUGGGUGUAAGCCAUUAUAGAUUGAUGAACCGCGUGUCACUAAUUCUUCAAGACCAUGGCCAUAAUGUGACCAACCUGUUUUAUGAAAAGAUGUCCAUCCCAGAUUUAAAAAAGGAGAAUAUGUCAUAUGAGAUUAUAACCUGGAGUCUACCUGAAGAUCAAGAAAAGGAAUUUGAUAAUAGAUUUUCUCUACUUGUGGAAGAAUUAUUUAUUGACAGGUUCAAUCAUCACACUCUUAUAAAGAUACAUAAAUACUUUGCAGACGUAUGUAGUCACUUAUUAAGCAGAAAGGACAUCAUGGACUACUUAAAGAAUAAGAACUUUGAUCUAGUGUUUUUGGAUGCAGCAGAACCUUGUUUUUUCUUGAUUGCUGAGAAACUUGAAAAACCAUUUGUGGCCUUUCUUCCGACGCAAUUUAGCCUUAAGGACUUUGGACUCCCUAGCCCCUUGUCUUAUGUUCCAGUGUAUGGUUCAAGACUAACUGACCAAAUGGACUUCUGGGGCCGAGUAAAGAACUUCCUGAUGUUCUUUGAUUUCUCCCUGAAGCAAAGACAAAUAUUUUCUCAGUAUGAUGCCACCAUACAGGAACAUUUUGCAGAAGGCUCUCGGCCAGUUUUGUCUGACCUUCUACUGAAAGCAGAGCUGUGGUUUGUCAACUCUGACUUUGCCUUUGAGUUUGCUCGUCCCCUGCUUCCCAAUACAGUCUAUGUGGGAGGCUUAAUGGACAAACCUGCCAGGCCAAUACCUCAAGACUUGGAGGAUUUUAUCACUACAUUUGGAGACUCAGGUUUUGUCCUUGUGUCCCUGGGCUCUGUAGCAUCCUUGUAUCAGACCAAGGAACUUAUUGAGGAGAUGAACAAUGCCUUUGCUCGCCUCCCUCAAGGGGUGCUGUGGACAUGUAAGGAUGAUCAAUGGCCCAAAGAUGUCAGAAUGGUCCCAAAUGUCAAAAUCAUGGAUUGGCUUCCCCAGGUUGACCUUCUGGCUCAUCCUAAUAUUCGACUUUUUGUCACCCACGGUGGAAUGAAUGGCAUCAUGGAGGCCAUCCAGCAUGGAGUACCCAUGGUGGGGAUUCCCUUCUUUGCAGACCAACCUGAAAACAUGGUCCUUAUAGAAGCCAAGAACAUUGGUGUUUCUGUUCAUGUAGACACACUCAAGGCAGAGACAUUUGCACUUACACUGAAGGAAGUCAUAGAAGACAAGAGGUACAAGUCUGCAGCAAUGACUGCCAGGGCCAUCAGGCGCUCCCACCCCCUCACACCUUCCCAGCGUCUGGUGGGCUGGAUUGACCACAUCCUACAAACAGGGGGAGGAGCACAUCUAAAGCCCCAUGGCUUUCAGCAGCCAUGGCAUGUGCGGCACCUGCUGGAUGUCCUAUUGUUCCUGCUGGGGCUCACUGUGGCCACCUUGUGGCUGUUGAAGAAAGUGCUUGGCUUGUUGCUCAGGACCCUGUGUGUGGCUAGGAAGGAAAAGAAGGCAUAA